ACAGAUAUUAAUUGCGUACGGACGGCACUAAGUCAGGCUUAUGAUUGCUAUUAGACGACCAAGAAUAGUGUGCAUCGAUCUAGUAUGCAUGAGGCUCGCACUCACAACCGAGUCGUGAAAUCGAUGACAGCACCAGAGCCUACUGUAGGCCUCUGCACCUAAUAUAGUUCAUUCUGGGAUCUGACGAACCGUGCCGAUGAUGGGAUCACCCCGCAAAUGCCACAUCAAUAUACGCUUCCUCGUACCCACCACGUGAACGGAUGACCGUUCUGUUCGUUGGUGAUACAGGAUAGUGGACCAAAAAACCCGAGCAGGCGGUGUCAAUGCAUCCCGAAGUACAUUUUAGGGAGGGAUUGUAACGCAGUCAAUAUCGAUGCGGCAGAGCAGUGCUACCCCACUACAGGUGUGUGUGCUCAACAAGGUAUAGAUAGACAAGGCCAUGGGUCCUCGGGACCCAGCACCGUGCUUUGUCCGCCAACCUUAUCCAUGAACCUGGGCCAGAUGAUUUCAGGGACCACGAAAGGAGCACAGAGGAUCUUAGGCACAGACAGUGACACGGAUACGGAGUGCCAUGCUCGAACACCAUGUUCGCGGCCUGUCACUGGUACAUUGAUGGCGAGCAGCGUGUGCAAUGCGGCUCCUACUGCGCGUGACUUCCGAGUGUUGCUGCGCUCUGGACAGGUCGUUGUCAUCAUGGCGAGAGCUUGUAGCCGCAGCCAGAGACUGCAGCUUGGAGCGGUUGGGACAAGGAAGCGAAGAUUUCUUUCAAACGCCUCCCGGGGGCGCGCCUGUUUCCACAAGCGGAGUGCAUGCAGAGAGCAUACGCUUGGAUCGUUUGCAUCCGUCGAGUGUUGCAGUGCCAGUGCAGCCGCCGGUGUCUUUACAAAUAUGGAUUAUCAUGAACUCAUCUGCUCACCACAACGCUAUCGUCUCGACUGUGACGUUGGGAAUGACGAUGACGGCGGUGAGGCUCUUCGCUGUUCGCUGAAGGAGCAGUACUGCGGUGACUGCGCCCUGAUGCCCCCCGAGAGUGCUUCGCUUGACAGUCGACCAAACCACAUUCGGGCAAUGGUCUUAAUUUUAGACCCAUUCCAUGUCCAAUGAGACGUCAGUUGGACCUGCACAGCCGCUCCCCAGCCACAAGCUCCCGCUCUGCGACCCGGCGAAAGCGAAAGCAUCGCGAAGGUCGAAUCAGAU